CUUUAUAGGUCUAUGAUUGAUUUCGACGAUCAUGAUUAUAGAUAAUAAACCUUGGUAAGAUUUUUACCACGUGACUAUGUUGGCAGACUUUUCGGAAAUUCGGUUGGUCACUCUUACGAGGGUUGACAGCGAGGCGCAAGCGCUCUCCGACGGCCGGCGAUGCCGGAACACUGACGCCAUUUUCCAUCGUUUGCCGACUGAUGGCUUACGACAAAAAUUUCGUUUCCGAAAAUCGACAUUUCACGUUUACAUGUUGAUAUAAAUUUAAUUUUUACCAUUUGGCGUUUAACCCGAUCGAAAUAUUCGCAUUGACCAAUUCUCUGACCGGACUUGGUGUGUUUUGCACUUUGAUUUGUUUCGUGUGAUGUGCUGAUCGCCAUCGUCGAAGCACGCGUAUCGAUUGCCGCACUAAUGGCUGCGAACAACUAUUUCGGUUUCACGCACAACGGCACCCAGUACGCUUCUGCCACUGGUUAUCAAGCUCCUCCUCAAGCAGGUUAUGCAGUCCCUCCUGCUACUUACACAACACCGCGUGCUGCUGCAACCGCAUAUGAUGUAGCAUCCUAUCAAACAGCUGCAGCUACGCAAUCUGCUUAUGCUAAAGCUGCUUAUAACAAUGCUGCCUAUGAUACCAGACAAAAUACGUAUGCACAACAACAAACCUAUCAAACUCAACCUCAGUAUGCUCCGUAUCAAGCUGUUACAUCAUACACUACCGGAGUAGUUGCCAAGAAACAAUGUCAAGCAAAUGCAGCUGCAUAUGCUACAAGUUCAGCUAUGCAACAAAAAGUCACAUAUCCGAUACAGCAACAGUCGGUUGCUUCGACGCCUAACCAAUCGGCUAACAAAGCAGCUUCUGCUCCUGGAUAUGAGGCUGCAGUAUAUUCAAAUACUAAUUUUCCGACUCAAAAUCAAAAUCAAGUACGCCCUAAUAACGCACAAAAAAGGCAAAACUGGUUCAAGAAAAACACUUCUGGUUUUGCUGGUGGUGCAAAAGGCGGAAAUAGGGUAAAUUUUGCAAACAGAUCUCAAGAAAUUCAUUACUGUGAAGUGUGUCGCAUUAGCUGUGCUGGAACUCAGACCUACAAAGAACAUCUUGAUGGUCAAAAACAUAAAAAGCGCGAAGCUAAUGCCAAAAUAUCUACCACCCCAAGUAAACCAUCUAAUAACCCUGCAACUAAAGUAUUCCAUUGUGAUCUCUGUGACGUUUCUUGCACUGGUGCUGAUUCAUAUGCAGCUCAUUUGAGAGGUUCUAAACAUCAAAAAGUUUAUAAUUUACAUACAAAACUUGGUAAACCAAUUCCUCCUCCGAAUAUUGACACAGCGGUUGUUUCCAAAACUUCGGCACCUAAAGUGAAUUUCAUUCCUGCUGGAAAAUUAGGGACAGUAGUUAAGAAUGAAAAUAAUGCAGUAACUCCUUCUACCCCUGUUAAAAUAGAGACCAAAACUGCCGCUCCAGCAAUAACUCCUACUGUCACUACUAAUGAAACUGACGUAAUAUUAGUUGGCAUGGAGUAUAUAGAAGAGAUUAAAGAUGAAGCCGGCAAAAUGGUGAGUUUCAACUGUAAACUCUGUGAAUGCAAGUUCAAUGAUCCAAAUGCAAAAGAAAUGCAUAUGAAAGGUAGAAGACAUAGAUUAUCUUACAAGAAAAAAGUUGAUCCUAGUUUAAUAGUCGAGCUAAAACCGAGUUGGUUUGAAGCUCGUAGAAUGCAAAAAGACAAGCAUGGUCAAGAGGGAAAUAGAGUGAGAGAUGAAAGAUCUAACUUUUGGGUUGACCGAUUUAUGGAGAUGGAUGAUAGAUAUUCAUGGGAUGAUCGAAGACGUUACCAAGAAGAAGUUGAAUACUACGAUUGGUGUAGAUCUGUUGGUCCGAGAGGAAUGGGUAUGGGUCCACCACCAUUAUUUGGACCUCCUGCAUUGAUGGGUGCUCGUCCACCACCGCCUCAUAUGAUGAAGUUUGGCCUUGGUGUAAGACCACCCCAGAUGCACAACUCCAUGCGUCGUUACGAUACUGUCGAUGAUAAGCAUAUUAUGGCCAAACAUUCCAGUCUUUUCCCCAAACAAACUUCUUUAAAAACAUUACAGAAAGCCGUUUCAGACACUGAAAAAGCAUUAAAACUCGUAGCUGAAGAUUUAAUGAACACUGUUCCAGAAAUCAAGGUGGAAGCACUAGUUACUGAACCUUCUGAAACAGCAAAAGAAUUGCAAACAAAGAAAACUCCUUCAAAGGAAGAUGGUCGUGAUGGAUCAAUGUUUACGUUCACUAACGAGAAAGAUGAUACUAAAGUUGUAAAAAUGAUGACUGGUUCCAUGCGUGUGGGUGCACUUUCAAAAGGAUUACUAUUAGUAAACGAAAACGAAGUUGAUAUAGUUAUAAUAUGUUCAACACCACCAACUUUAUCUAUGUUAAACUCUAUUGUUACUAUUUUACCAGAAAAGUUAAAGGUGGUUGCUAAAGACGAUAAUUAUGUAGUUAAUAAAUAUGAGGCAGAAGCCAGACUCGCAGUCGAAAUACUGCUGGAAGAGGAAAAAUUUGUCGUAAAUGUCGCCUUUACAUCACCAUCAGUAAGAGAAGCUAUUUUAAAUGCAGCUGAAGGAGAAAGCGAACAUACGGAACCAGUGGCCAUUGUGCCUGGCGAACACGUUUUGGACAAGACAAAAUGUUUGGAAGCAUUGGCUGCCAUCAGGCACGCCAAAUGGUUUCAGGCUAAAUUGGCUUCUAUACCUAACGGUCCAUUGAUCAUACGUAUUUUAAAAGAUUUUAUUAUGCGAGAACCUACGUGGCACCCAUUUACAUUAUGGAAGCUAGAAUUGUUUGUUGAGCGUGUUUUAACUAGUGCUUUUGCACCUAAUUCUCCAAAUUCUGCGGCUGGUUUGAGUCCGGCUGAAGGAUUAAAACGUUUCUUUGAAGCUAUUGCCAGUGGAGCUUUGUUACCUGGUGUGAUAGGAGUACAUCUGUUAGACCCAUGUGAAAAAGAUCCUGUUGACGCAUUAGCUUCACUAUCUGUGCAACAACGAGAAGAUAUCACUUUGUCAGCUCAGAAUAUGUUGCGUUUGAUUGCAUUCCGACAAGUGAACAAAGUACUUGGUAUGGAAUUGUUACCUAUUAAGCAGCAACGAAUGUCGACUCGUAAACGUCGCCGUGAAGGAUCUAUGGGAGAAGGAAACGAAACAGAAGAUGUAGGUGAAAAUAAGAAAAAAGAUAAGAAAGAAGAUGAUGCCACAAACUCAUCUGUUGUAGCAAGUAAUGAUGACAUUGCUGCUGAAGAUACAACCAACGGCGAGGUUGCAAAUAUGGAAACUGAAAAGGUUGAAGCUAAAUAGUAGUCUUGCUUGGAAAUGAACUAGUCUUGUAAAUCCGACAAUUCAAUUAUUUGUAAUGGUCGAAGAUUUUUAUUUUAUAUUUUGACUUGAUAAUAUUUCUCAGGAAUUCGAUUUGUCUUCUUUUUCUUAAUGUGACUAUUAAAUUGAUAAAAAUGUAUUGUCGAUUUUUUUUUUCACUUUUGCAUUUAUAAAUCUGAUGCGUAAAAAAAAAGAAUGCAGUUUUGUAUUGUAUUUCACUAUCAUUUAUUAAAUUUUGUUCUUAGUUUUUCAUUUUGUUAACUUUUGUUCUUUUUUUAUUUAUAGUACACUUGCAGUUGGUUGUUUAACCAAUAUAUAUAUAUAUAUAUAUUUAUAUAUAAAUUACUAUUUAAAAAAAAAAUGAACACGAGUUUGAUAUAUUUAUUUAUUUGAAUCUUAUAAGGGGAUAUAUAUAGAGAGAUAUUAAUUAUUAGAACCUUGAUUUUAUUAUUAUAAAAUUAUAUAAUAUUUGACAUCAAUAAAUUUGAUAAAGUGCAAUAUAACAUUUUUAUUUUAUUUUAGCAGCAAUUUUGUUGUCCGAUAACAUCAUUAAUUCUUUAUUCAACUUUAUUAUAUAUAAUAAUAAUUUAAUAUUUUUAAGUGACUAUGUAAACAUAGUGUUUACUGUUUUCCAUCAAAUGUUGUGUUAAAGGCCUGUUCACUUGUUUAAUAAAUAUGCAUUAUGUUCAACACUGAAAAUCUGUUCUCAUAAGAGUAAUAGAUAUUUGACCUAUAGUUAAGUACAAUGGGGAUGGUUCCUGGUUUAAAAUUUAAUAUAUGUGUAUUAUCUAAUUUUUUUUUUCAAUUUAAUUAGAUGAAUUGCUGCUCUUUAAAACCUUGUUGUUAAUAUAUGAUUAUUUUUAUUUUUA